AGCUUGCUUUCUGCCGCCUCCAUAACCGCGCGUAGCAAAAGCAGCUUGGCAAAAUGGCCCUCUCUUCGGCAGCUAGCGCGCUCAGGUCGACUGUCCUGAAGCACUUGCGCGUGACCGUGACGUCCAGCCUUCAACAGAGCCCGCUGCCAACUUUCUCCAACAUAAUCAGCCGGGGCUUCGGCGGGGGCUUCCUCGACAAGGACUCGGUGACGGAGCGCGUGAUCCAUGUCACCAAGCACUUCGAGAAGAUCGAUGCUUCUAAGGUGUCGCCCACGGCUAGCUUUGAGAAGGACCUGGGCCUGGACAGCCUUGACGUUGUGGAGCUGGUCAUGGCGUUGGAAGAGGAGUUCGGCGUGGAGAUUCCGGACGCGGAGGCCGAUAAGAUUUCCACUGUUAGCGAUGCCAUUAACUACAUCUGCAGCAACCCGAUGGCCAAGUAAAGUUUGGCAUUGCUGCCGGAAUAGCAUGAGCAGGGCGGCUGGAGCAUGGCGAGCCGCAUGGGCUGGAGAGCUGAAGUAGGCAUAGCUCAGCGGUAUGCAGCAAGGAGCGAGGCGCAUACCAUUGGGGGCAGGGGGGUUGGGGUGAGAGGGGAUGGGGUCUUUCGAGGUGACCGCAUGCUGUGUUCGUAGCUGUGAUGCAUGCGUUAGCAGUCAGGCACGGCUCAGCAAUGUUGGUGCUCUCGUCUUUUACAGUUUUGUAUAUGUAGGCGGACAUGACCUUCACAAGUGUGGCUUAUGCUUGCGAAGCUACGCGCGCUUCCUUGCAGUAGGAUGUUGUUAUGGUGUGCUACACAUGUUUCGGAUGGCCAGUAGUACUACGAGCAAUGCGUCCUCUGUAAGGCUACCUUACGCACGACACGUGUUGCUCGGCUUUCUCCGUCUUACCCUGCAUUGAACUGCUUCGCACCUGUCAGAUAGCACACGUAGGUAGUAGGUCUUGAGCUCUUUGUCCUAGGCAUUACUUGCUUGGAACAAUUUUGUCAAUACCGUCACACCUUCAUGCAGUCCUAAGCCGCGAACCGGUUGUUGUUUUUGGCUUGAACGGCCCGAAUAAUGUCAACUGCGUCCGAUGAUUUGGACGCAAGUUGCAUAAACUGCUGGUCCGUCCCACGAUGUUGCUCUACCAGCCUACUAUACUCGUUCGCACAGCGCAGUGACACGACAGUGCUGGAUGAGCCUCUCUACGCAAACUACUUAAGACUCACAGGCCUUCCACGGCCUUAUCGAGAGCAGGUGCUGGCCGCACAGAACCCCGAUGGCAACGCAGUGGUCUCCACCCAGCUGCUCUCCUGCCCCACCUCCUCCUCCUCCCCAUCCUCCUCUUCGCCUUCCCCCUCCUCCCCCCGCCCGCCCGGCCGGCCACUGCUGUACGCCAAGCACAUGGGAAAACACAAGGCCGGCAUCACCAACGAGCUCUUCAAGCGGGCACAGCACGUGAUCUUGAUUCGGGAGCCGUACGGCGUACUGCAGUCAUUCUCCUCCGUACUUGAGCCCACUCAGCAGGAGCUGGGGUACACGGCGCUGUUGGAGAUCGUGAGCGAGCUGCGAGUGCUGGGCCGCCCCCCCAUCGUGGUGGACUCCGACGAGCUGCUGCGCCACCCCGAGGGCGUGCUGCGCGCGCUGUGUGCUGCGCUGCGCAUACCCUGGCAGCCCGCCAUGCUGAGCUGGCAGCCGGGGCCCAAACCGUACGACGGAUGCUGGGCGGACUGGUGGUACCGAAACACACACAGGGGCACAGGAUUCGACGCGGAAGUUCGGGAGCCGCGGAAGCCCCUGCCCGACCACCUCAAGCCGCUGCUAGCCGAGUGCUACCCGUUGUACGACAUGCUAGCUCGGCUCGCCAUCCGACCCAUGGGUCACUUUGAGGCUGGCGGCGGCGGCGGUGCUGAUGGCCACGUGGCCGGUCUCUUGCCCCAUGUGCCCCGACCUCUGCCCCCCGCUGCUGCUGCUGCUGCUGCUGACACGGCUGCGGAGGCAGGGGCAACGGGAGGAGGGGCGGCUGCGGCUGCUGGCAGCAGCGUCAGCAGCGACAGCAGUGCUGCUGCUGUUGAUGCUGCUGCGGACAAGGAGAAGGGCAGCAGCAAGAGCAAGAGCGGCACGCACGUGUACCUGGCUGAUCCCCGCAAUGCGGAUGUGCUGGUGGGCAUUCGGGACGGAGUGAGCGGCCGGUUCCAGCUAGUGUGGCGGCCGCACGCACGCGUGUCGGUACUGGACAGCGGCUUCAUGCUGGGGGACGGGGUCUGGGAGGGAAUACGGCUGCACAAGGGCGUGCUGUACCUGCUGGAGGAGCAUCUGGAGCGGUUGUGGGAGGGAGCUGCGGCGCUGGACAUGCGGCUGGGGUGCAGCCGGGGGCAGAUGGCGCAGCUGCUGUACGACACGAUAGACGCCAACGGCAUGACGUCAGGCGUGCACAUCCGUCUGAUGGUGACUCGGGGCCUGAAGCCCACCCCCUACCAGAACCCGAACAUCACCCUGGGGCAGCCCACCAUCGUCAUACUGCCCGAGUACAAGGAGCCCGCCCCCGGGCCCCGGGAGAAGGGCAUCCGCCUCUUCACGGUGCACGUACGAAGAGGCACGCCGGAUGUGCAGGACCCUGGUUGGAACUCGCACUCCAAGCUCAACUGCAUAUCCGCGUGCAUCCAGGCCAACCACGCGGGUGCUGACGAGGCGCUCAUGCUGGACCCGCAGGGCUUCGUGGCCACAUGCAACUCCACCAACUUUUUCAUCGUGCGCAGGGGCCAGGUGUGGGCCCCCUCCCCCCGCCACCAGCUGCGAGGUAUCACGCGGGACCGAGUGCUGCAGCUGUGUGUACGACACGGCAUACCCGCACGGGAAACCGACUUUGCCCUCACACAGGUCUACAGCGCGGACGAGGCGUUCGUGACGGGUACCUUUGCGGGGGUGCUGCCGGUGGUGGCGGUGGACGGGC